UCCUGGCCCACACUCCGCAAACCAGCGCCAAUGGCGCGCCUCCACCGUGCCAGGACGGGCCAUGAGCGGUACGCUGAGUGCAUGCGCAUCCUCAUGCUGGCGGCAGGCGCAUAUUGGGUGGUGAAAUGGCGCGCGUUCCAAGAGCUCGUCGCACCGACACAGCUCAAUGGCAUGAGGCACGACUUCAUGGAGGUGCUUGGUGGGUUCGACUUCAAGGAACUGUUGAGGUUUGAGAAGCCCCGCUUUCGUCGGCUUUUGGCGGCGCUGGAGCUUCCACCCGAGUUCGUGAUUUCGAGAUGAGUUGGCACGCUGCGGCAUGAAAUUUCAUGCUCUGGUCCUCUUGCUUCAGUAGUAGACUAGUCUAGUGCCGCACACAAGCGAACGACCGUGCUGCAGUGGACCCCUCGGGAAUAUUGAGGCUCGUGGAUGCUGCUAAGGCGUAUUGUUGCAUAUUCAGGCUAAGGGUUAGGGCAAUGCGUUUGGUGUCGAUUCGCAGCGACUCUCUUCUGGACGUAGUCUCAUCACUCCGGAUAAUUUUGAAUUUUGAAGAUGUCCGCCUCUCUCUGUCGGUUUAGGCGACUACUACUGCUGUUGCGGCCACCAAAAAGCGGUUCAGGUUUAGGGGUAGGAGACGGAGGUGUAAAAGCGAUGGAACUCCCGGGGUGACUCACGCUUGUGGCUGUCCCACGAUCCGCUCUUGCAUUGUAUGCUUUAGUGUUCCUGUGAUACGCCGUAGGGUUACCCUGCUUAUCUUGCUUCUCUCCGCCGAGGUGUCCCCCAACCUCUCCACAACCCCGACUCCCUGUUCCCGUGUUGUGUUUACGAUCCCACCUCGUAUUUGUUACUGGGC